AUGAUUGAUAUUCUACCCCUAAAAAGUAUUAUGGAGCAAGCUACAGGUCUUUGUCAAACAUGUCUGCAAAGAAGCGAAUACCUAAAACCUGUGCCCAAAGAAGACGAAAAUAUUUUUAAAACUUUGUUGUUAACGACGGAAGAAAUAAAAUUAUGUAUCUGCUUUCUUUGUUAUCACAUGCUACGAAAAAUAAGCAAUUUUUUGAAGCAAUGUCAACUAGCACAAGAAUAUUUACAAUGUUCUACAGUAGAGAGUAAUCUUCCUAAUGUUGAACAUGUAUACAACUUAUCUACAUCACAAAUUAAAUAUGAUUACAUUGGCGAUUCAUCAGCAAUUAAAGAUGAAAUUGAUGAAGAUUUUACAAUGACCUAUUUUGAUGAGGAUUUUGCUAAUAAUGAUGUCACACCAAGUGUCAAAGAGGAGAUAGUUGUUUUCCAAAAUGCCAUAGAUUUUAAAGAUUUGAACGAUAAGGACCCCAUUGAUGUUAAGGAAACAAAGGACAAGAAAUCCCGUAAAAAUAGUAAGAAAAGUGUUGUUGGUUCAAUUCCCGCGGGGUUCACAUCUAGAAUGGUUCGGGAGACCGAUGAGUAUACAGUGAUUAAAUUGACUAAGGAGCAAGUUCAACAAGAAAUGGAAAGAAACAGACAGACUGAGAAAUACAAAGGCGCGCCAUACAAAUGCGAAUUAUGCGUCAAAUACUUUAAUUUCGAAGAUGUAUUAAGUACGCAUUUGGAGAAACAUUCGCCGAAAAAUGGCGAUUUCAAAUGUCACAUUUGCACCCAGUACUGUCCGAGUGCGGUGUCAUUAAGAGGUCAUAUGAAAUCACAUACAACUAAAUACAAAUGCAAAAUAUGUGGGAUCGUACGCCUGUCUCGUCAACACAUCUUGGAACACUAUAUGUUAGAUCACACAGAAGACAUACCGGCAUAUAAGUGUAACGAGUGUGAUUUUACAACCAACAAACGUACUGUGAUCCAGCGUCACGCAAGAACGCAUGCAGACAGUGACAUCCAUACGUGUCACGAGUGUGGGAGGGGUUUUAAAAGCAAGGAAACAUUGCGUGUGCACACUACCCGUCACGACGUCAAAAAGAGAUUCUCGUGUGACACGUGCAAACGAACGUUUAUAUUCAAGUCGUUAUUAGAAAAACAUAUUCGCUCCGUUCAUAUCGAUAAAGAUUUUUACUGCGUCGAAUGUGAUAUUAAAUUUACAUCUAUGGAAGCUUUAAAACAACAUUUUAAAAGAAGUAAGAAGCACACGGAUCCAUCACAUUAUAAAUAUGACUGCAAUUUAUGCGCCGAAAAAUUCCUUACAAAAGCAAGGUUGGAUCAUCAUGAGACAAGUCUCCAUAAUUUGCCUAAAACCUCACAUUGUGAUCAAUGCAGUAAAGUAUAUAGUGGACCGGAAGCUCUUAGACUACAUGUUAGAAGAGCACAUCCGGUUGGCGAGAGCAGGUCGGAAUAUCAGUGCGGUGUUUGCUGUAAAGUUUUUACUCGCAAAUCCGGCCUGAAGGUCCAUAGUCGUGUACAUACAGGCGAACGUCCCUACACAUGCGCGUGCGGAGAAGCUUUCACUCAACAGGCGUCGCUGCGAGCGCAUCAUGCUGCUAAGCAUAAGGUACUUUUAGUACAGUCACAUAAGUACCUUCAUAAAAUUGUGCGGGUUCUACAUAUUCUAUGA